AUGGCUGACAAAGAGGCAACUGUGUAUAUUGUGGAUGUUGGGAAGUCCAUGGGUGAAUGCCAUAAUGGAAGGUCCAUAUCUGAUUUAGAUUGGACGAUGCUAUAUACUUGGGAUAAAAUUACGACAACUGUGGCUACAGGCCGAAAAACCGCCACAAUUGGGGUGAUAGGCCUAAACACAGAUGAUUCUUUAAACCCCAUAAUAAAUGAUAGCGGCGAUCAGAGUUAUGCACAUCUAUCAGUAUAUCAGGAGCUUGGACAGAUGUUGAUGCCUGAUAUCCGUAAUCUUCGGAACCUAAUAAAACCAAGCAAUACAAAUCAAGGAGACGCAAUAUCUUCGAUUGUUCUGGGUAUUGACAUGAUUGUGCGGUAUUGCAGACGUCUCAAGUACAAAAGGAAAAUAAUCCUUCUUACAAAUGGUAAAGGUGCCAUGGAUACCGAUGAUACAAGCAAGAUUAUUGAAAAAAUCAAAGAAGAAGGCAUUGAGCUUGUUAUUCUGGGUGUUGAUUUUGAUGAUCCAGAAUCUGGUUUUAAGGAAGAAGAUAAAAAUUCGUUGAAGGCUGAAAACGAGUCGUUUUUCAAACAACUGGUAGAGGACUGCGAAGGGAUGUACGGCACUAUUUCCCAGGCGAUUGAUGAAAUGGCUACGCCACGAGUGAAAGUAGUAAGGGGGAUACCCUCCUUCAAAGGCGAUUUAAAGUUAGGGGACUCUGUAGCGUACGACACCGCUUUAACGGUACAAGUGGAAAGAUACUACCGGACAUAUGUAGCACGCCCUCCUACAGCGAGUGCGUUUGUUAUUUCAACGGCUACAUCCAAAGAACAUGAUACUGCAGACUCUUCUAUGACUAUACAAAAUCUGGAAUCAAGCAAUCAAGACGCAAGCUCUACCAGUAACUUAACAAGCGUCAGGAACGUGCGCUCCUACCAGGUGGACGACAAAACUUCCCCUAGUGGGAAAAAGGACGUUGAGCGAGAGGAUCUUGCUAAAGGAUAUGAAUACGGCCGCACUGCCGUACACAUUAGUACAUCUGACGAGAAUAUAACAAGAUUGGAUACAGAAGCUGCUCUAGAGUUUAUAGGCUUUAUAGCCAGUGGAAAUUACGAUCGCUAUAUGAAUAUGUCGACCGCUAACGUCAUCAUAGCGCAGAAGACAAACGACAAAGCAAUCCUCGCAUUAUCGGCUAUAAUCCACGCCCUUUUUGAAGUAGACUGUUAUGCUAUUGGCAGACUAGUAGCUAAAAAUGGCAACGCCCCUUUGCUAGUCCUCCUUGCGCCAUCGAUUGAGCCAGACUUUGAAUGCCUUCUCGAAGUACAGCUGCCAUUCGCCGAAGACGUACGAUCGUAUCGUUUUCCUCCAUUGGACAAGAUCAUCACAGUGUCUGGUAAAGUGGUCACAGAACAUCGAAAUUUACCUAGUCAGAAUCUUCUUGAUACUAUGGGCAAAUACGUCCAGGAUAUGGAUCUUUCUGAACUUGAUGAUAGCGGAGAUCCAGACGAGUCCAUGGCAAUGGAAGAUUGCUUUUCUCCACUUCUCCAUCGAAUCGAUCAGGCAAUUCGUUGGCGAGCGAUACAUCCGACGGAACCUCUCCCAGUUUUGCCUAAAGUAUUGCAAAAACUAUCAAAGCCGGCAAACAGUAUACUUGAAAAGAGUAAAGAUUCGCUUGAUGAUCUUAUCGUAGCGUCUGCUGUGAAAAAGGUACCUCCUAAGAUGAAAGGUCGAAAGAGGAAUAGGGAUGCGGAGAAACCACUCUCAGGAUUAAACGUUGAUGAACUUCUCCGUGGCGAGAAGCGGCUUCGGAUCUCACCUGAAAACCCUAUUCCGGAAUUCAAACAAACCCUUGCGAAUUCAGAAGACAUUCGUGCAAUCGGGGAUGCUGUCAAGCAGAUGUCCUCCAUUAUCGAGGGCCAGAUUAAACACAGCCUUGGUGAUAUGAAUUACGAUCGAGCGAUUGAGGCAAUUGGGACGAUGAGGGAAGAGCUGGUCGCAUACGAAGAACCAGGGUUAUAUAAUGACUUUAUUCGGGAAAUGAAGAAAAGGCUACUGGAUGAUCAGCUAGGGGGUGAUAGAAGAGAAAUGUGGUGGCUUAUUAGAAAGAAUAGAUUGGGUCUGAUUGACAAAAAGUCUUUGGAUAUAUCAGACGUCACAGAGGAAGAGGCUCGUGAGGCAAGUACUGUCACUUUUCGCUUCCUAUCCUCAAAUCUCAUCCCAGUAUAG